AUGGGCGAGGACGCUGAGAGCCCCAAAAUCAACCACACCUUCCUGCGAGACUACGUCACUGAAGCUGAUGUCAUCUCUACAGUGGAGUUUAACCAGACAGGGGACCUGCUGGCCACGGGGGAUAAAGGUGGCCGAGUGGUCAUCUUUCAGAGAGAGAUUGAGUCUAAAGGGGAGUUGGAGGAGGUGGGGGAGACCGGGGACUCUGGGGAAUACAACGUCUACAGCACAUUUCAGAGCCACGAGCCAGAUUUUGACUACUUGAAGAGUUUGGAGAUAGAAGAGAAAAUCAACAAGAUCAGAUGGCUGCCACAACAGAAUGCAGCACAUUUCCUCCUUUCCACCAAUGAUAAGACCAUUAAACUGUGGAAGGUGAGUGAGAGAGACAAGAGACCAGAGGGAUACAACCUGAAAGAUGAGGAGGGACGGCUCAAGGACAUCUCUACCAUCACCUCCCUGCAGGUGCCAGUGCUGAAACCUACAGAUCUAAUGGUAGAGGUUCGUCCCAGACGAGUGUUCGCUAAUGGACAUACCUACCAUGUCAACUCCAUCUCGGUCAACAGCGAUGGGGAGACCUACCUGUCUGCUGAUGACCUGCGCAUCAAUAUGUGGCACCUGGGCAUCACAGACCGUAGUUUCAACAUCGUAGACAUCAAACCAGCCAACAUGGAGGAUCUGACGGAGGUGAUAACGGCAGCAGAGUUCCACCCUCAGCACUGCCACUUGUUUGUGUACAGCAGCAGCAAGGGAACACUGCGCCUCUGUGACAUGAGAGCCUCCGCACUCUGUGACAGACAUACCAAACUUUUUGAGGAACCUGAGGAUCCAGGAAGCCGGUCCUUCUUCUCAGAGAUUAUCUCCUCUGUGUCGGAUGUCAAGUUCAGCCACAGUGGACGCUACCUGCUGACCAGAGACUACCUCACCGCCAAGGUGUGGGACUUGAAUAUGGACAAAGGCCCAGUGGAGACGUACCAGGUCCACGAAUACCUAAGGAGUAAGCUGUGUUCACUCUACGAGAAUGACUGCAUCUUUGACAAGUUUGAGUGUGUUUGGAACAGCUCAGACAGUGUGAUCAUGACAGGGGCGUACAACAGCUUCUUCCGGAUGUUCGACAGGGAAACGGGCCGAGGUGUAACCCUGGAGGCGUGGCGAGAAAGCAGCAAGCCUCGGGCCGUGCUGCGUACCCGCCGAGUGUACACCGGCGGAAAGCGUCGCCGUGGUGAUGUGGGCGUCGACAGCCUGGACUUCACCAAGAAAAUCCUGCACAUGGCUUGGCACCCAUCUGAAAAUAUAAUUGCCAUAGCAGCCACCAACAACCUGUACAUCUUCCAGGAUCGUGUCAACCCUGAGACGCAGGCACAGUGA